UGCGCGCCGGGCAGUGUUCGUCGUGUCUCCGAGUCGCUGUAAAGAACGCAGCAGCCGCCUUCAGCCUCCCGCGCCUCCUCCCGUCGUCUCUCGUCUCCUUCCGUCCCUACCGCAACUCGCCGGCUCGAACCAUGGCGAGCUGCGGAAUCUUGUCGUCCAAGACCGUGCUGGUGUUCUUGAGCUUCGUAUUCUGGGCGGCGGCAGCGGUGUUCUGCUAUGCUGGCGCCUACGUGUUCAUCACCUACGACCGCUACGACCACUUCUUUGAGGAUCGCUACACCAUCCUGCCGGCGCUCGCCAUCAUCGUGGCCGGAGCUGUACUGCUGCUCAUCGGCGUCAUCGGCUGCUGGGCUGCUGUCAGGGAGAGCCGCUGCGCCCUCGCUACCUUUGCCCUCCUGCUCCUCAUCAUCUUCUCACUGGAAGUGGCUGCAGUGGCGCUUGGCUAUAUUUACCAUGGCAAAGUUGAGGUUGAGGUGCAACAGAAGAUGCACAAAGCUUUCCAAAACUACAUGGGGCCAGAUUAUGACCCUGAAAGCCGUGCUGUGGACUACAUGCAGAAAGAGCUGCAGUGCUGCGGAUUUGCGAACUACUCCGACUGGAACACCACUGAGUGGGCACGCCACCACAAGUACAACAGUGUGCCUGUAAGCUGCUGUAAGCGCUCUGCCAAGAACUGCACCGGAUUGCUGAGCCAGCCUGCCAAGCUGUACCAACAGGGUUGUCUGCUGAAGCUGGGAGACGAAGUACAACAGAUUCUCACCUACUUGAUCGGAGUGGCCGUUGGAUUUGCAUUCUUGCAGGUGAUGGGACUGGUGGCGGCGUGUGUGAUCGCCUGCCGAAGAAAGCACGAUGAGAAUGAGCGCGCCUACGAGCCCCUGCUGUCGGAUGGAACCUACGCAUAGUCUUCCAAUGCAUUCCAGAGCCCACGUGUACUUCAGCACAUGGCGUGCACAUGACCCCGCGGGAAGGGAUGUUUAAGGUGUUGCUGCACCUUCGUUGACAAGUUAUUUAAAACAAUAGCUUAUUAACCACAUGCAGGAUUUAUACUCGGUAUAAAACUUUGAUAGUUUCAACACUGAUGGUCUGAAAAUUGUAAGUCUAAGGUUUAGGCAAUGUAAAAACGUACGAUCGAUUCGAAAUCAGAACUUUGAGAGUUCUCGUGCAAAGUGGUAGAGCACUGCGUGACAACCAUAUUCUCAUUUCGGUGUAGAUUUCUCCAUGUGUCCAGAGUAUUUAGGAAUGUUUUACAGGAAGCGAAAAAGCAUAACUCUUCCUGGUCCGACAGUGAAUGUCGGUAUGUCCUACUUCACAAAUAUCUUUGUUUUGUUUCUGAUCAGUUGCAAUGCCCAAUCCCAAAUGUUCUGAAUUGCAUAGAUACAAUAUGCUGAUUCUACAUUGAGUCGUGCAAGUUUAGUCAGUGAACACUGCAUCAUCGACAUCUCUGGUGCAAACAAAUCGCUAAUCCGAGCUGCUUGGUCCCCGACUGCUCGAGAUUAUCAAGCGUCCUACUCUAUCCUUUAUCUUCAAUGUUUUCAUCGUGUUUUCAUUAAUGUGGGAAUGUGAGCUAUACGAAACGCCUUCAUUUGGGAAUUUUGGAAGUAUGGCUUCUGUUUAAACAAAAAAACAUGUUCACUCAUUUGUGCUAAGAAUUUAAGAUAAUUGGGAUUAUUGGUCAUUUAAAGUAAUUAUCCUUAACUUUAGGUCAUUACUAAUUAAAAUCAUAAUUUGUUCGCUAUUCAAUGAGAACUUACAUUUCUUAUUUGUACACUGGUGGUUAGAUGUCUGAUAUCCUAAAUCUCAUUUGCCUGUAAAUAUAGUACUAACCAUUAGUAAAGAUUCGCUGAAGAUGGCAGUCGCAUCGAAUAAAUGUGCGGCGGUGGCAUGGUCGUGAUGGACCAUGGCAGUAACGGAUGGGAGCCGACUUGUGGAGCGCGUACUGCCAAAGCAUCGUCGUCUCCACGCCAGCAUAACCAUGACAUCACCCUUUGUCCCGCGAAAAUAAUCUGUCAUUACUUCUUCUCAAUCGCAAGUCUAAUUUGAAUGCAUGAGAUCGGCUGCUCUGAUUUUAGCUUUUCCUGUAUCAUCUUCUUGGUUCUUUCGGUAAAGUCACGUAGAAGGGAAGUAAUAAAAUAAUAAAAAUAAAACACCACCAGUGUGUUUUAUUUAGUUUUAUUUUUAGUUUUAUUUUUAUUAUUUUAUUACUUCCCUUCUACGUGACUUUACCGAAAGAACCAAGAAGAUGAAUCCCUGCAGUCACGAAAGCUUUAAAUCGAAAAUUUUUCCUGUAUCGUUAUUGAGUGCUUCCCUUUGUCACGUCCACUGUCCUUAGGCCUCGUUCUAUCACAUCCUUCCAUCUCGCCCUUGGUCUCCCUUUACUCUUGCCCUUACCUCCCAACUAACACACUUCUUCACUACUGCACCUAAAUACCUAAAAUCUACUGACCUGCUGGCUGUCCCUCCCUCUCCUAUCCACAACGUGCGCUCAGAGCAUUGGCUUUUUAAUCUCCUCGGCAUACUUUCCUGCCAUCUCACCAAACCUGGCUUGCACCUCCCAUUUUUAAAUUUGUCAUUGCCAAAGCAGCAAACAAAAGCUGCCACAGAUGCAAUGGAUUGAAUAUGCUGAUGCAUGGUGUAACCCCAACUCUUAAACUUCCAAUGGUUCCACCCUGUCCCCCAGCCGUUGUCUUUAUCUCAUUGUACAUUUCCCUAACUGUUCUCGCCUAUUUCUCCUGCACUCACUUCCUCCACAGACUUCAAUACGCAUCACCUCUUGGCAGUCUGUCAUCGGUUUUCUAUCAUGACGGGCUCUCAAUUAUCAGGUGACUGUCUGCUCCCCGUUUCACCGCAACGUGUUUGCAGCCAGCUCCCAACUCCAGUUCUGGCGUUUAAGUUGCACGGUGGCCAGCGUGCUGGUGGUGCCUCGUAAAAAGGCAGCCGUAAAACAUUGCUACUACAUUAGGCACCUUGUGAUGCUGCCAAUAUGGGCACGUUAUUUAUGUAGCCAACGCUCCUUAAUGCAAUGCUAGUAAUAUUUUCUGCACUUUGGUUUAUAAAUAGUCGACUUAUAACAAAGUAUUUUGUGCAAUGUCCUUUACUCCCACUAUACCAUGACACCAGUUUAUUUGCGUUUGAGCAGACGUCAAACUAAAACCCAUUAUGUUCAUGAUUGCGAGUUCAUGUAAUUUCAUUUCGCUCAACACCAUACAUAACAGGUUACCAUGAAAAUCAUACCUUAGUAAUUCCCCAAAACAUGUUUUUACUUUAAUCAUGCUUAUUAUUUGGUUGUUUAGAAUUGUAUGCAUUUGAAUAAAAUUGUGCGUGCUAAAUUUUUACUUUUUAAUCAAAUAAAAAUGGAUUUGGCAUUUUAGUUCAACGUUCAUUUAUGAGAGAAAAAUACUGGUUUAGGAUUUGGUAUGGUAUGCAUGCAGGGUAUAGUAACGUUAGCUUUUGAUGUUUCCCUGUGUCUUACGGGACUAAGCUAUUUGCUGAGCAUGACUCGAUACCAACGGCAGACAUUCCUGAGAGAAAGGAAGUAAAUACUGGGCUGGCUGAAUGCAGUGCAGAAUACAUGUUUUGCUUUUCCUUUUAACACUGCUCCAUUAGGUAUUCGGACUGAUGCUCAUGGUCACACUGGGCAGUACUUUUAUGAUAGUUGUGAUUAUUUAAACUUGUUUCUGGGUUUUGUUUUUUUCCAAAUAUAUACUGGUGUUGUUUGUAGGUUAUUAGUUUCAUGAUGUUUGUGUUUAUACCUCCUUGCAGUAGUUACAAUAAAUAUCAAACACCCA